AAGAUGAGAAUUAGUACAGGAAGUUAAGACACGUUGUAGUAAGCAUGGCACCCGGAGGAAAGAUCAACAGACCCAAAACUGAACUCGGGAAAAAGCUAUUUAAACGUCGACGCGUUCUUAAUAAACAAAAGAAGUUGAAGCACAAGAUUGUAGGAGCAGUGGUUGAUGAAGGUCUGAUCACUGUUCAUCACCUGAAGAAAAGAAUUUCUAGCCCACGGGCAAAUAUCACUCUGUCCGGCAAGAAGCGACGGAAGUUGAUCAAGCAGCUGCAGCACAUGGAGCGAGCGAAGGCAACCAUGGAAGUUGAAGCACAGCCUGCAAAGAAAGCUACCCCCAGCACCGUCUCCAAAAAACAGGUGAAGAAGGCAGCUCCUCGGGACGUCGAGAUGGACGAUCAGGAUAUGGAAUGAGGAGAUGGUGACCUGGACCCUGCUGAGGAGAUGGUGACCUGGACCCUGCUGAGGAGAUGGUGACCUGGACCCUGCAUCAACAGCUGCAGUUCAGCAGUACAAGGAUGUUGCUGUUUUUAUUUUUUGAAACACAUUCGUCUUUAUAGAGUGUUAAUAUGUAUCCUUCUUCCAAGACCCUGUAUUCUCAACAUGAAUGUAAUAUGGUAUUUUUGCAAAGCUGUCAACUUGCAUUGACUGUAAUUUUUAAUGGACUUUGUUACUGCCUUUUGACCCAAUUGAAGGAGUCUGUGCUGUAGAUGGAGGAGUAUUUCAGGAUCCCCCCCCCCCCAUUAUAAUUACCUUUAUAACUGGAGGUUAGCUUCAAGACUGUACUGAGGCAUUGUGUGGUUCAGUGGAAAUGGACACUAUUGCCUGCGAUUGGAAUGUCGCUGCUUCAGAUCCCAGAAGCUGAAAGGGUGAUUUCAGUAUUGUGGCCUUGAACAAGACCCUUAACCCUACAAUUGCUUAAUACAUUCUGAUAAAUGUAUGUCACUUUAGAUAAAAGAGUCUGCUUUUGUUGUAUAAAACAUACAAACUUUGAGUGACAGUGUUUCAAGGAACAGGGCUGUACAGACUCACUGUAAGCUGUUGUAUAUGGAGGAUGCUUGAAAUAUUUGCAUACAAAAGCUGAUCAUAAGGCUCUUAUGUUGAAUGUCGACAUAUAUGGAAAUAUCUCCCAUCUCGUGUACUUAAGUAAACAAGGCCUAUAAUAAUUUCAA